AUGAGAGAGAGCGCAGAGAUCGCUCACAUAGUCGCUACGAGAAUAAUGCUCGAGAAAGAACCCGAGAAUCUGUUCUUUGCAAAUUUUAAGCUUCAUUUACAUGUUCUUGAAGGAGGUACACCAAAAGACAAUUCAAGCGCGGGCUGCACCAUGGUCACUUCCUUGCUAUCACUCGCCAUGAAGAAACCUGUGAGGAAAGAUCUUGCGAUGACCGCAGUAGUGACUCUAACCGGUAGAAUUCUUCCAGUAGGCGGCGUAAUGGAGAAAACUAUGGCUGCAGUACGGAAUAAAGUCAAGACUGUAAUAUUUCCGAAGGCUAAUCGGACAGAUUUUGAUGAGCUAACAGAGAAUGUGAAAAAAGGGCUCCAUGUUCAUUUCGUGGAUGAAUAUGAGCAAACAUUCGAACUAGCAUUCAACUAUGACCAUUAG